GACUUCAGUUUGGUCUUGCAAGCUUUUAUAAGAAGGCACAGUCUAUGUACAUAAGUCUAUAAUUUUCUCACAAAAGAAAAUUAUUUUUACAUAUUAUUAAUAAGAAGAAACACGGCUUCUUCUCAGUUAAAAGAUAAUGAUAUUUUUACGAGAGUUAAUCUUAUCUUUGAGACACGUAAAUAUAUAUAUACAUAUAUAUAUUUUCGGUUUACACUCGGGGUAUCGCUGGAUACAAUGAAUGAUGUUUUCUUAGAGUUAUGGAACAGUAACAUUGCUAAAGUGAUACUGAAAGUUACGUGAACGCAACGCACGCAUGAAGAUUGGAAAACUUUGGUAAACGAGAGCGUCGGAGAUCAGAGUUAGGCGGUUUUUUCCGCUAAUUUGCUGCUACUACUGCUGAUGCUAGAGGAUGAAAUGGAAACGAUGCGCCACUCUACGCAGCGAGAGAGAGCGCAACUUUCUUGCCAGUUAGCACAGAAGGAAGAGGAAGUACGUCACUUGAAAGACAAAGUAUUUGUAUUGGAGCAGAGAAUUGCUCUCGAAACAAACGAUCAAGUGACUGUCGAUGAAAGAAUAGCCGAUCUAAUGCGCGAAAGGACAUUGUUGGAAAGAAAGCUUGAAGAGGCGCAUCUUCACCUCUCCGAUAUAAAGACUAGUUGGUCGGGAAAAAUCUCCAGCCUCGAGACGCAAGUUGGCAGACUUAGCAGACAAGCUGGUGAAGAGGGACUAGAACGCAGGCGAGUUGAACAAGAAAAGGAGAAGCUUAAACAGAGAAUCAAGCAGUUAGAAGCCGAGAUAGAAGUGAACAAUGUUGUCUUAGCAACGAAAGACGCCAAACUUUUGCGCAUGACAGAGGACAUCGACGAAAUGGCUUUGGAAUUAAAAGAGCUCCGAGCCAGCGUUGAUGAUGAAGUGGAUGAAUUUAAACGGCAAAUUGUGAGUUAUCGCGAUAUGUAGUGACGACACGAAAAGUGUGCAUGAGCUAGAGUGUUAUCGAAAAUUUUUCCAAAUUUCAGAAAUAGUCGUUUCUAGAAACGUAGAUUAAAUAAACGAUCACAAUAUUAAAUUAUCUGUAAUAUACGAAAUUCGCUGUCUGUUGGUCUAAACAAUACAAUCUAUUUUGUUACAUUGCGAUCUCAAGAUGCAAUAGAUGUAUAAUGUAGUCUAUAACUUUCUAAUUCUGACUAAAACCUAUAAUACAUUGACAUGUCUGGAGAAAUUUUAUUGUAAUUUAAUAUUUCUUAUUUGACAAAUAUUGAAAAAAAAGAGA